AUGAAUAGUUUAGCCAUAUGUUAUGAAAAUGGAGAAGGAACAGAAAAGAAUUUAGAAAGAGCUUUUUGUUGGUAUCAAAAAUCAGCAGAAAAUGGUGAAGAAAGUGCAAUGUUUUAUCUAGCUAUAUGUCACUAUAAUGGAAAAGGAACAGAAAAGAAUUUAGAAAAAGCCUUUCAUUGGUAUCAAAAAUCAGCAGUAAAUGGUUAUACAAUUGCAAUGUUUAAUUUAGCUGAUAUUUAUUAUGAUGGAAAAGGAACAGAAAAAAAUUUAGAAAAAUCCUUUUAUUGGUAUCAAAAAGCAGCAGAAAAUGGUGAAGAAAUUGCAAUGUUUAAUCUAGCCAUAUGUUAUUAUAAUGGAGAAGGAACAGAAAAAAAUUUAGAAAGAGCCAUUCAUUGGUAUCAAAAAGCAGCAGAAAAUGGUAAUGAAAAUGCAAUGAUUAAUUUAGCUAUAUAUUAUGGAAAUGGAGAAAAAACAGAAAAUAAUUUAGAAAAAGCCUUUUAUUGGUAUCAAAAAGCAGCAGAAAAUGGUCAUGCUGGUGCAAUGAAUAAUUUAGCUGGAUACUAUAAAAAUGGAAAAGGAACAAAAAAGAAUUUAGAAAAAGCCUUGCAUUGGUAUCAAAAAGCAGCAGAAAAUGGUGUUGAAACAGCAAUGUUUAAAUUAGUAAAACGUUAUAAUAAUGGAGAAGGGACAAAAAAGAAUUUAGAAAAAGCUUUUUAUUGGUAUCAAAAAGUAGUAGAAAAUGGUAAAGUAAAUUCUAAAAAUGAAGUUAAAUCAUGUAAUGAAUGCAAGCAACCAUAUACUGAUUAUCAGUGGUGCCAACAAUGUAAUACUAGACAAUUUCAACGAGAUUUUUCAAAGUGGACCAGUAAAAAUGAAUUUAUUGAUAAAUUUAUUCAAGAAGCGCAACUAAAUGCUAAAAAUAGUUAUGAAAUUUUAGAAUGGAUACCCUAUAAUAAAUUGUCAAGUAUUGAUUUUUAUGAUAAAGGAGGAUUUGGUGAAAUUCAUAAAGCUAUCUGGUUAGAUGGACCUAUUUAUAGUUGGGACUUUGACAAACAACAAUGGUAUAGACACACAGAGUAUGAGGUUAUUCUCAAAACACUUAAUAAUUCAUCAAAUUUAAAUAGUAUAUUUUUGGAUGAGUGGAAAUAUCAUUAUAAUUGUCAAAAAAAAUCAUUUUCAAAAUUUAUUCAAUUCUUUGGAAUUACUCAAGAUCCAAAUAAUUUAAAUUAUAUAAUAGUAAUGAGUUAUGCAAAAAAAGGAAGUUUGAGAAAAUGUUUGUCUGAUAUAACUAAAUUUAAGUGGCAAGACAAGUUACAAUUAUUGAAAACAAUUAUAUUGGGACUUAAAGUAAUUCAUGAAUCAAAUUUAACUCAUGGUGAUUUUCAUGAUGGUAAUAUUUUAAUGUCAGAUAAUCACAAUGAGUUAUUUAUUAUUGAUUUAGGACUAUGUAAACCUAUAAGUGAUUCUGAUAAUAAGGUUAAUGAAAUUUAUGGCGUUUUACCUUAUAUGGCUCCUGAAAUAUUAAGAAACAAACCCUAUACUCCAGCAAGUGAUAUUUAUAGUUUUUCAAUGAUAAUGUGGGAAUUUACAUCAGGUGUUCCUCCAUUUAAUAAUGAACCACAUGAUCUUGAACUUGUCUUGGAUAUUUGUAAUCAAGAAAAACGUCCUGAAAUUAUAAAAAAUACUCCAAAAUGUUAUAUAAAUUUAAUGAAACAAUGUUGGGAUUCAAAUCCCUCCAAUAGACCAACCAUAGAAAUACUUGAAAAAAUUGUAUCUGAUUGGAUUAGAUGUAUUAAUGAAUAUUAUAAAAUAAACAGGGAUGGAAAUUAUAAAUAUCAAGUGUCUAAUAUUAUUAAUAAUCAAUUAAAAGAUAAUAUGUUUGAAUUUGUAGAAGCAAACAAAACUUUAGUACAUGAACAAGUAAAUACUUCUAUUAUGCAAUCUCAUCCACAAGCAUAUUAUACAAGUCGCAAAUUCACUAAAUUUACUGAAAUUUUAGCUCAAGAAAAGUCUGAGUGUCUUGAAUUAUUUGAGUGGGAGGGGCUUCCAGUUGAUGAGGAUAUGAAUAUAAAAGAUUUUUUCAAUGAUGUAGAAGUUAAUGAAUUAAAGAUAGAAUUAUGGGGAAAAAUUGUAUUGCAUAUUUUAGUCCUACAAAAACAGCCAGCUAUGAAUACAAUCAAUGCAUUUGAAUUAAUGAAAUCUGCUUCAAUGCUUAACUAUCUUCCAGAAUUUAAAUUGCCAGCAAGAAAUUCUUUGGAUCAACUAUGCAUAGAUGGAGGUGGCUGGAUAGGAAAAGAUAAUGCAAAUAAUAUUGGAAAAAGAUUUGUUUCUGAUUUAACAAAAUCUACGUAUAUGUUGAUAUUUGUUCUUAUAAAACAUUAGAUGAUAGAUACAAAAUUCCGGCUUUAUUUACUAGGUUUUCUGAUCGAGCCCAUCCUGAAAGAUACAAAAAAUCUAAUUCAGAAAAAUUACAAAAUUAUUAUAAAAUUCCGAUAAAUUACAGUACAUUGAAUUACCAUGGAUGGAAACCCCAAAUUUGCUUGGCUUAAAGAACCUAUGCUGCUUUAUGCAACAAAUCUUCUG